UGGAAAAUUGCGAAAGGAAACGAGAGGUGAAAAAACUUUCAACGAUUGCGAAAAAUCGAAAAUUAUCCCGGAAAAGUGCCGUUAUUUGGAGUGUAUUCGGUCGCAAACGGAAGUCCGCGUGCUUCUGCACCCGCGGAAAGUGGAAUCCGGAGCGAAACCAUGGAAUCCAAACGGAAAAGUGAAAUUUUCUUUUCGUCAUUGUAGAGGGUGCGGAAAUUGUGUUACCUCUCUUGUCCUCCCAUUUUUUACCAUAAGCCACCGUCAAUAGCUUCAUCAUCAUCAUCAUAGAAGAAAAUAGCGGAAAAUAGUGCAAUAACGAAAAUAGCAAUUAGUGGAUAAGGAGUGUGGGGCUUUAUUUUUUGCGUAAGUGCUUCGCUAAGUGUGGUUGAAGAGUGGCAAUGAGUAGUUUCGGGACGUCCAGUGGUUCCGACUUGCACUUUAGAGCACUUCCGUAUCUGGACAAAAAGUGGAUCAAGGCCGACGUCGGAACGGCCCUGCGUUGUUCGGAGGAUUUAGCGAAUUUGUGGAAUCAUCUGAUCCAGGAUGAGGAAGUGGUCACUUGUAAGCCCCAGAUUUCGGUUAACGCCUGUGGCGAUGUGGCGUACGCUCGUCCGGAUGGGAAGUACUACUGCGGGCAGCAGGCAUUGAGUUGUGCCUGUUGCAAGGGGGUUUGUAGUGCGACCUCUAGCUGUUGCUGUUCGGGGUGUCAGAUUUUGGAGGUGGAUGAGGGGCCGGUGAAGAAAUCAUCCGGCUCGGGUGCGAGUCCCCAGCAGCAGCAGAAUCAGAACCAGCAUGAUGUGGGGUGCUCCGGGACCAUUCUGGAUUCGUGGCUGUGGAGUCCCAUACCAAGUGCGGAAGAGAAACGUGCCUGCACCAAGAAGCUCAUCGCGGAACAAAGAGAUAUCUGUCUGCAAGCGGCGGCCAAUUGCCUCUCGGCCACACGCACCAAGCAGCUCUUGCACGUCUAUCGGCGGUAUUUCAUUGCCUUGCAACGAUGCAAAUUGGAGGAGAAAGCCGCCCCCGUUGGCGCCGCGGCGGAUGACGGACGAUCGGGAAUCAGUCAGGAGAUGGUGGCCAGCGAUAUCCACGACGCCACCAAGCUGAGCAAAAACCCCAGCUUCGAUCGAACUCCCAUGAAGGACUGUGACAAAGCCACAUUUGGGUUGGCUCGCGUUGGAACCCGUGCUGCCCUGAACUUUUCCUUCGCCUUCCUUCGAAGAGCAUGGCGCUCCGGCGAAGACGUCGAACUGUGCUCAGAGCUCCUGCUGGAAGCCCUGGAAGCUCUACAAACCCUGCCGGAAGCAUCCCUCUUCGACACGUCCCAAAUGUCUACGCUGUGGAUCGAAGUGGUCGAAAAAUCUAUCAAGUUCCUGCGACAGGUUGUGCUCGGCGACAUCAUGGGAGGUCGAUGUUCCGUUCCGAAACCAGAUCGUCACAUUGCGCUGAAUUUGUUGCUGGAGCUGGGCGCACAGAAAGGAACCCUUGGUGGUUCCUUGGAAGGAAUUUCACUGCUGUUAACGCUGCACGAAAAGGACCAGGAGAGCGACGACAAUCGAAGCCCACCGCAAAAUGUCGGAGCACCAUUGGUAUCGCUUCUUAAACGCUACGAGCAAAUCGACAGUUUCGGAUCGUACAGCGCAGUCGAUUCGUUUCAGUUUGGGCCAACCGAAUCGUUUCUUCGUUUUCUAACGCUGCCAGAAAUCGAAACAGCCAACGUGGAUCUGAAACAGGCUGCUGUCAUCAUUAUAAGUCAUUUGGACCGGCUAGCGAAGCCGCAUCUUCCCGCAGGAAACUACUCAACCAAAGUUAACAAGUCUAAUUCACAAAAAAUCUUUACUCUGGGAUGGAGCUCUUGUUCGCCGGAAAUGUACGGAUUUACGUCUGAGACGGCCAGCGGGACCACGCAGCUACUAGGAUCAGUUCCAAGGUAUUCGGCCGCGACAAUUGAACUGCCAACAACCCUGCAGGUGCGCCAGGUUGUUUGCACCGAAAAUAGCAUCUACAUUUUGACAACCAGCGGCCAGGUAUUUUCACUGCACUCAAAUUGUUCGGAGAACAUAGCUCCGAAGCAGUUCGAAGGACUGGAAGGAGUCAAUGUCAUUCAGAUCGCGGCCCAUUGUGAAGGACGACAUGUCAUGGUGCUCAGCUCAGCGAACGAGGUGUGGUCCUGGGGAGCAGGAGAUGGUGGACGAUUGGGACAUGGCGAUACGGUGCCGAAGGAAGCUCCGGCGAUGAUUAUCGGGCUCCAGGACAAACAGGUCUGCGGAAUAUACUGUGGAGCGUCGUAUAGCGCGGCCGUGACGACCGCAGGGGAGUUGUUCACGUGGGGACGAGGAACUUACGGCAGACUAGGUCACGGUAAUUCCGACGAUAAGUUUGUCCCGACACAAGUUCAAGCAUUGAAAUCGUACAAAAUUGUGGAUGUUGCGCUUGGUAGUGGCGAUGCACAUUCCAUGUGUGUCACAGAUAAUGGUCUGUUGUAUGCGUGGGGUGAUGGAGAUUUCGGGAAGUUAGGAAAUGGUUCAUGCAAUGGAUCUCCCAUUCCGAUUAAAAUAGAUGCGCUGGCCAAUGUGUCUAGGAUUUAUUCAGGAUCUCAGUUCAGCGUGGCACUUACCUUCGAUGGAACUCUCUACAGCUGGGGAAAAGGACACGGUGGACGAUUAGGUCAUGGGAAUUCAGAACAUUCCAACGUUCCAAAGCUUGUGCAAACUCUGGAGGGAAAGAAGAUCGUCGAAGUUGCUGUUGGAUCAGCUCAUUGUUUAGCGCUGACAAGUAGCGGUGAAUUGUACGGAUGGGGACGCAAUGACUAUCAGCAAAUUUGCCCUUCAGGUGUUUCACGAGAUCCCAUAAUUCAAAGCCCAAUUCUGACAACGCCACCUACUUUGAGAAUUUCUGGAAUGACUUGUGGGGCAGCUCAAAGCAUCGUUUGGUGUCAUUCCUCUACGCUGGGUGUUGCCUCCAAGAUUCCAUUCGUAGUAGAUCUCAGUGAACAUACAUUCCGAAUGUUGGACCAAUUGCUUUGCAUGGUCUGCGUUAGCCCGGGAGACGUCCGUCAUCCACCGAGUCAGGAAGCAGAAUGCAUAGCCGUGGCAUCGCUCAAUCUUCUUCGUCUCCAACUGCACGCCAUGAUUGUCAACAAUGUUUCUGCUCGCCAAGUCGGCCUCGUAGAAGGCUCUCGUCUACUUGCCAGCCUGAAAUCAAGAAUUUUGAAUCUAGCUGGCGGUCCAGUCGUGUUGAAAACGAUGCAAGAAGCUGCCCAGUGGACUCUCCAAGUCGGAUGGUCAAUCCUUCUACCAACUGCUUCAGAACGUGCGCAAACACUAACCUCGCUUCUCCCGACCGGCCACGAUACGACCACCACCAGCAAUAGUUCCGGCCAUCGCUUCAUGACUGAUCUCCUCGUUGGUUCCCUAAUGGCCGAGGGAGGCCUACAAACUGCCCUUAACCAAGCAAUCAACGCUCAACGCUCGCAAGACUGUACAUCCACUGGAACCCAUCUGUCCCUGUUGCAUUUACUCAAGCAGCUAUUAAGAAACAAUUCCAGCCUUACGCAGGCUCGUCUCGGCCAACUCAUGCUGGGACCUUAUCUUAAGACUGAGGAAGGAUUUUCUUCCCCGGAACCACCCUCGCCUAGUCUAGAUCUACUUCACAAGUUCCAACGGUUACUCCUGUCCUAUAUUUAUCAAUCCAAAGCGGACGAUCUCAGUGGCGCCGAAGCUCUUUUAGAUACCUACAUCCAACAGGUCGUCGGAGCAUGUGUGACCACCCUGAACAAGGCCCAUGAAACAAUUCUGCAAGGCAAGGACGGGGUGGCUGAAAUUCUAAAAAAUGACAUUUCUGAUGCUCUCUUGUACGAGCUUCUAAUCGGACUUGUGCUGAUCCAAAAGGAGAAAUCUCUAUUUCUGUCAUCUUUCGAUUGGAACAAACACUUCAUAUCUCUUCUACAUGCCCUCGACAAUUUUAAUCGUCUGACACACGAGGGAGAGGUGCACGAUUCUGACGAUAUGGGCUGGCCAGGAAUCAUCUGCCGUGGUACGGCCAAAGCCGCACCCAUGCAGGAAGAGACCUUACUCAUCCGCAAAAGCGACAUCGAAAAUCACUGCGCCGAUGGAGGCAAUUGGGUAAUAAUAAACGGCAACGUAUACGACGUCAAGGAUUACCAGACGGAAAAUAUAGCUACGCAAGAAAUUCUUCAAUCCAACGCAGGCAAAGACAUCUCGUUGGAAAUAAGCAAUCCUCAGCACAGGACCGCAUUCGAGUUCAUCACUUCAUUCCUUCGGGUUGGCCGCUUCGCCGUUAACGAGAUAUGUGACAAGGAAAGUCCCCGGCAAAUGACUACCCUUACCCAUUUCCUCUCGGAGUGCAUGUUAGCGUAUCUGCUCGGUCUGCGAAGUAACAUCCUCCAGACUGGAUCUCCGCUUCAACCAGCGGAAAUUCAAUGCAAGAAUUUACUGAAUUCGUCCAUCUUAAGCGGUGGAUUGCAAGUCCUGCAACCGAGCAAUCCCUUCGACGAGGAAAAAGGUGAAGCACGCAGCAGUGGAUCCACCGCAGGUAGCACACCCACAGAUGCUUCAAGCCAAAUCCCCAUCGCUGAUGUUCCACAGAUGGCCAACUGGCCCUCAGUACUGAUAUCACACAGAGUGGAGACCAUGCUUUCGAAUUUGGGCGAAGGUAAGCUAACGGACCCAUUGGUUGCCUCGUGGAUUGCCAUCUGCGAACGAUACUGUAAGGAAAACCACCUGAUUUGGCACCAAGAAUUUCCACCAGAACAUCCUGUCAUGGAGCUGGAACGAUUACUAAUGGGAGUACUCAUUCGACACCAGAAUCUUGGUCCACUUGCCCUGGCCGUCGUCGAUCGAGAACUCAGCGGCAAUUGCUCAAAGCCACCAGUCCCAAUUAUCAACAUCAUCAAAAUCGUGCAUCAAACCAAGUGGGGCAUCGUCAAGAUGCGUCAACAGCUGAACCGUAGCUACAAAGAAGUUUGCGCUCCGAUGAUCGACAAGUGCCGCUUCUUACUGUACGAAAUUCGACCGGCUAUAAGCCUGGAACAACAUGGUCUUACGAAUCUCCACAUCUUACACAAACUGCCGCGGUUCAAAGCGCUCGUUCGAAAGAUCAUCACGGAAAUGCGCGCUGCUAAAAAGCAACUAGAAUGCGCGAAACCCGAAGACAUCCUAAAUGUGACUAUCCAGAGCCAAUUCACAUCCUCAAUUACUAAGAUCCAGUCGCAGGAGAACCUCAGCUGCAAACACAUCUCCACAGAGAACCUGGUCAACGAAAGCCUAAUCAAAGUUGAAAGUUUGGAAAGCUUGACGACGGCUGCGGCACGUGAUCGUUCCUCAUCUCCGGUCAUUCUGGCCGUGCAGAAGCAUGCCGCAUCCGAUGAGAACCUGCUGAGCGUUGCCAGUGUGGACAAUGGAAACGGAGGCGGAGACGCUGCGGAUAAAAAGAUUUCAGUUACAAACGAAGAGAUCAAAACCCCAACAAACGAGCUGAUCGAUUACAACAACUCUAAAAUGAAGAACACAGACGGUGGAGAUGAGUUUAUCAACAACGUGAUCGCAAGCUUGAGUGAGAAGUGUUUGAUUGAGUCCUAUCCGACGGAAUUUAAGAACAGCAUCAGCCAGCAGAUUGUGGAUUUUAUUCUGUACGAUCUGUGUGACGUGGAAACAUUGCGACGAGCAAUGUACUGUCAGAUCCAACGCUACCAAAUUCGCAAACAAGGACUGGUUAUGUUCUAUGAACUUUUGAAGAUUGCUGGUUUGUUCGAUGCUGCACAGUACAACUUGUUCAACGGGUAUCUUGGGCUGCACGUAUCCAACGGGGAAGCGCAGCAAAACACGGAACACAUUCUAGAAAAUCUCAACAUGAUUACGGCCUUCCAGAAGGCGGACAUUCUGAUCGCUCAGGCUAAGAUCAUCGAAUGGGCUGUGGCUGAAUUGCAAAAGUAUGUGAACCAGGAGAAGAUAAACGGGCGACAUCGCAAUCAUGGUGAAAAGGACAACUCCAAUUUGGGGACGUAUGUUUUCCUGAAGAAGUUGCCGAGGGCGCGGUUCCUGUUGAGUAUUUUCGGGAUUCUGUCGCGGACCUACGAGGCAAAUGAACUGAGUUUGCUCAUCAACUCUGGAAUUUUGGGAAGCAUCAUGGGGCUUCUAAGACAGACCGGAGCUGAUCUGCCAAAUAGCAAGAACAACACGGAUAUUUCCGUGAUCUACGAAGAUGUUGUAACGAAUCUCAAAUCAUCCAAAGAAGGAUUGCCUGGACCGGAAUUGGCAAAGUUGAUGAAAAUUGGAACGAGGAUUGCUCGCGGUGCUGAUUGGAAAUGGGGAGAACAGGACGGCCCCGGCGGAGAAGGAAGAAUCAUUAGCGAAAUUGGAGAAGAUGGUUGGGUUCGUGUCGAAUGGGACAACGGCUCAACCAAUUCGUACCGCAUGGGUAAGGAAGGUCAGUAUGAUCUACGGUUGGCAGAUAGUGCGCUGAAGGCUCUCUCCCCGGACAAGGACAGCGAGAAAGAAGACUUCAUCGAUCACCAUCUCUACAACGAGUCUCAUCCCACCAAGCUGCUACGGAACGCAUGCAUCAAAACGCUCCAGAUGAUCUUCGCCUCCGUCGGAAUUCACGCCGAUCGAAUGCAGGAAAAUUCUCUACGCAACGUUGCUUCCAUGUUCCGAUCGAUCCUGACCAAUCGAAUUACAUUCUACAACUUCGGAAUGGAGCAAUGGACUACGAUCGGUUUCCUUCGGGCUAUCUCUUCUUCGAAAGCCCUCUCCAAACAUCUGACAUCACCGGUGUGGAUCGAUCUCGCGUUCGAAAUUCUGAAUUCUGCCAUAACGUGUAAAAAGGACGUUUAUAAGAAAUUGCAUUGCCUAAGAAUGCUACAGUCAACGUUGAUUAACUGGACCAGUGAAGAUACUGAUCGAGUGGACAACAUCAUAUUUAAACUUUUUGAAGUGUUGGGUACGAUUAGCUUGAAUUGCCCAAAUGAUCUCUCACUGUUGAACAAUUCCGCUGAUAUCAAAUCAAGAGUGCUGUACAGUGCAUCCCAUACUGGUACGAUCGCCGAAGAAAUCAUAGUUCUUAUCAGAAAGCUCCAUACACUACCACUGUGGAACGAAAACAUCAACUCAUUCAUUGCGCAAAAACUCUGUCUAGUGGCCGACGUACUUCUCGUGAGCGACCUGGAAAUAAACUUUGAAGGCGAAAAAGCAUCGAUCAUGGGAACUCUUUGCACCAUUGGUGGCUGCGAUUCAAGACCCCGUUUGGGUCUCAAUCUAACACUCGAUGGCGUUCGCGGUACGAUCUCCCGAAUGACUAAAAAAGGAAAAGUGGUCAUGAAUGUCCACGCUUUGGCUGAAACUAAGAAGAUUCCAAUCUUUAAGGUCUCCGAAUGUGCCGACAUUGGAGCUUUCAGUCUUUCAAAGUUAACCAUCAACGAGAUGCUGUUAAAUUCGUGGGCCGUUCUAUUCUACGGCAUAGGUCAAACACCAAUGAACGUAGUCAACAACAUAAGCUCGCCCCUUCUGCAAACUCAACAGAUCAACUUCUCCGCUCUUAAGGCCACCAAAGUUCUAUUCCGGCAUCAGAAUCUAUUGCGAAAAAUAUUACGGCAAAGAUCGCCGGGCGUAACUCGGAGUUCAUCGAAAGACAGCAUAUCCGAUAGAGAUACCAGCCCGGAAGAUGGUAAACCGCGCAGUGAAUCUAACACCUCCGAAGAGUCGCAAGCCUACACAGAGCUGUUGAUCCAAACCAUCCUUUUAAGGGCUACUCAGCCAAGUCCUCUCAAGGCAUGUUACUCGUUCAUGGAGAUGGAAUUAGCCGCUCUAAACAUUUCUCAAAUGUUGGCAAGUCACGUCCAUAAUGAGCUGAAUGCGCCAUCGAAUUCCAACAAGCGAGCCUUCCCGAUCAGCCAACCGACGAUGAUUCACGGAGUUCCGAUCUAUAACAACGAAUCUGCCAUAGAGGAUGUCCAAACCCCAUCCGGAGCGGAAGCUGUUGCUGGAGCGUCUUCUGUGGGAACGAAGAGCGGAACGGCAAGACGUAGUCCUCCCAGUGCGCUUGUUGCGCAAAUCAUGGAAAUGGGAUUCACCCGCAAGUCGGUCGAAACCGCUAUCAAGAGUCUAACGUUGCACACCAACAAUAAGCCAACUGCCGAGCAGGUCGUUCAAUGGAUUCUUGAACAUCCGGAUGUGACGGCAAACCUGGGUGGCAAAGGUGACGACAAUGACGCCUACAGCGACACCGAAAGUGCCAGCUCGGAUACGAUGGAUGGAGGUUCAUCACUGCACGAUUCACAGCAGGUUCCAUUUAAAAUGAGGGAGGACUUUAAAUCGACCGACCAGUAUGCUAUGUACGUGAGAGGACUUAUCUGCCCUGGUAUGCUCGUUCGUUGCUGUCAAGAUUUUGAAGAAAUUCGUAAGGGAGAUAUCGGAACUGUGUUGAAGGUUGAACCGGAAGGAUUACACGAUCUGAAUGUUCGUGUUGAUUGGCAGAUGCAUGAUCGUCCAUAUUGGAUGUGCUUUGUACAUUUGGAAUUGCUGGAAGCGCCACCAUCGGAGAAUAGCACCACAAUCAGUGUUGGCUCCCAGGUUAGGAUACGAAACAAUCAACACUUCCGGUAUCGCCUAAACACGAUUCCCAGGGGAAGUGUUGGUACGGUAACUUCUGUCAACGGAACGGAAGUAACGGUUGAGUUUCCACAGCAAACUCUUUGGAAUGGACAUUUGAACGAAUUGGAGUUGAUCUCCAAUCCGCUGCAUGCCUUAAAUUCCACCGUCGGAGGUAUCUUCGACAUCAUUGACGAUUGGUCCCGGUGCAUUCGAUCUUUGACCGUUUCAUCUAACGAAUCCUCGGCAAAGAAUCUUCUGGAUAGAGGUGCAAAUUCUUGGCAAAGUUCGUCGAACCAAGGCAAACACUGGAUUAGGCUGGAAAUACACGAUCAAGUGUUCAUUCAAACACUCUCGAUCAAUGUCGAUCCGGACGACUACUCGCAUAUGCCCUCAUUGGUCGUGAUCAAGGGUGGCGACACGGUAGCUACUCUCAAAGAACUGCACUGGGUUUCGAUAAAUACGACAGAUGUGGUAGUCCCUCUGUUGAAUGAAUGCAAGCAAUACUACGCGUGGAUAGAAAUUCUGAUCAAGCAGUGUCGCAACAAUGGGAUCCAAUGUAAGGUCCAUGGUAUUAACAUCAUUGGCAAAAGGAAGCAAACGGAUUUAGAGAUGAUGCUGCAAAAUGCUUCAUUCCUGGCUACGGAAAACGAAACGGCCGCUGAACCAACAUUUUCGACUUCAUCGAACUACGCGGAUGAUCAAUCUUUGAACGAAAUAUCUUCCAAAGUUUUGGUUUGGGGUUUGAACGAUAAAGAACAAUUAGGUGGGCUGAAAGGGUCUAAGGUGAAACUUCCGACGUAUUCUUCAGUGUUGAGUCAACUCAAACCGAUUCACAUCGCUGGCGGAUCUAAAUCCCUGUUUAUAGUAUCUCAAGAUGGCAAAUUGUACGCUUGCGGUGAAGGAACCAAUGGUCGGUUAGGUUUGGGUCAUAAUAACAACGUACCUACUCCUAGACAGGUCCCGAUCCUAAAUCAGUACGUUGUGAAGAAAGUGGCAGUUCACUCCGGGGGAAAGCACGCUAUGGCGUUGACACUAGAUGGGAAGGUGUUCUCAUGGGGCGAGGGAGAGGACGGUAAGCUUGGCCACGGCAAUCGGUUGACUUUUGAAAAACCGAAACUGAUUGAGACGCUUCGUACCAAGCGAGUACGAGACAUUGCUUGUGGAUCGAGCCAUAGUGCAGCGAUCACCAGUUCUGGAGAGUUGUACACCUGGGGACUAGGAGAAUACGGUCGACUGGGCCAUGGAGAUAACUGUACGCAAUUAAAACCAAAGCUUAUUGCAAGUCUUCAAGGACAUCGGGUAGUACAGGUCGCAUGUGGAAGUCGCGAUGCGCAAACACUGUGCUUGACGGAAGAAGGUUUGGUGUUUUCCUGGGGUGAUGGAGACUUCGGCAAACUUGGCCGUGGGGGAUCUGAAGGCUGUUCAGUGCCCCAUCAAGUUGAACGGCUAAAUGGUGCGGGGGUGAUGCAGAUCGAGUGUGGUGCUCAGUUUAGCUUGGCCUUGACCAAGUCCGGUGAAGUUUGGACCUGGGGUAAAGGUGAUUACUACAGAUUGGGUCAUGGAACCGAUCAACAUGUUAGGAAGCCUACUCCCAUCCAAGGACUUCGUGGAAAAAAGGUCAUUCAUGUGGCGGUUGGGGCUUUGCACUGCCUGGCGGUUACUGACAGUGGACAAGUUUUUGCUUGGGGAGACAAUGAUCAUGGGCAACAAGGUUCUGGAAACACAGUUGUAAAUAAGAAACCCAAUCUUGUGCUUGGUUUGGAUGGAGUUUUCGUCAACCGGGUCGCAUGUGGAAGUUCGCACUCUGUAGCAUGGAGUUUACCUCAAAAUCCAUCGGAAAAAGACAAGAAGGAACCAGUGCCGUUUGCUGUCAGCAAAGACCCUCUAGGCAGCCAUAGUUUGGGAAUCUACGCUUCUGAUACGGAACCUACAACUGCUCAUCCUCAGGUUGGAACUGCGUCCACUAAGCAGCAGCGACCUUCACUUUCAGAAAGUGUUCUCUCCCUGGAAACAUAUGGCGCCCGUCAAGCUGCCUUGUCCCAUAUACUGAACGCAAUGAGCAUCCUGCAAGCGAGAUCCUGUAUCAUUGCUUCAUUGACCUGCCAUUCACAAUUGACGGCGCAUGACAAAACCCUCGGUGCAUUCAUGGAGACUCGUCCCAUUACACCCAUUUCGGAAAAUGACCUAAUUGAGACCAAAACCGACACCGUUGUCACCAACCCUCAAAAUGAAGUGAUCGCCCAAGGCGGCGGUGAAGGACCUGCUGAUGCGUCUGGAUUGUCGACUAACGACAUCAAUGACUGCGAUAUUCCCAUUGUAUCCGGGAUGAACAACACUUUGAACGCGUAUCGUAGCCUGACGGGAUCAUUGUCACUGUCGGCGUCCAUUUCCAGCUGCAACGCCACCCAACGACACUCCAAAAUGUCGGCCAGUGCGAUGUCCGUUAUGGCUGCCACCAUGACGCAUCAUGACGAGAUGAUGAACGAAGUUCCGAUCAUCAGCGGACUGGACGAUUUCACCGCCCUACUGGGCGAAUCGGAAGCCAAACACCUAAUCGAGCUGCUCAAGUUGAGCGUAUCGGGUCGAACAGGGCCAGCAAACACAUCGGAAACCAUUGCCACCACGUUGAUCGCUUUAGCUAAGGGAAGUACGCCGAUCGCCAAUAUGUUGAUCGAAACCUGCAUCACUGAGCUUGAGGAUUUGUGCACCUCGCGGCACUCCUUGGGCAAGCUACCGAAAGCAGUGGUUCAGGAGACUAGCCAUCCGUAUAUCGAUGAUAUAACAUUAGUGGGCCACGUCAAAAUCCCCGGUGCCGAAGCACUUCGCAUUGAAUUCGAUAGCCAAUGCUCAACGGAACGUCGCAAUGAUCCCCUCAUUAUUAUUGAUGGUACAGGACGAGUAGUAGCGACACGUUCUGGUCGUGAAUGGGCCCAGUGGGCACCAGAAAUCCGGAUUGCCGGUGACGAAAUGCGUUGGAAGUUCACGAGUGAUAACUCUGUUAAUGGAUGGGGUUGGCGGUUCUAUGUCCACGCAAUCAUGCCAGAGUCCUAUCUCCAAGAGCUAGGAUCGGAUCGUACUGUACUCUCACAGCCGUCGAUCGCGAUGGUUAUGGGUUUGCUUGAGUCAUCGUUGGUUCCCCACAAUAGCAAUACCCUAAUAAGAUUGACGUCUGCACUCUCUCAGUGUGCUCAACUCAGCUCAUUGACUGUGGCCCAGAGAAUCUGGGCUUUGAAGAAAAUGCAUCAAUACCUAACAUCUCGGGAAGCUCCUCGCGCACUUGAGCCUUCUGUAGUUGAAAUCCUCAGUCCGUUGAUUCCGAUCAUACUAAGGCAGUACGAAUAUGAAGAACCGCAGGUCCGCACCGGACUUCACUUGAUGCAUUCCGAAUAUUUCAAAACCUUGGUGGCCUUGGCUUGUGAUAUGCAACUCGACUCGCUUCUACCGCACGGUGAUGCCCACAAGUGGGCGUGGUUCCGUCGCUACUCCUCCGCUGUUCGAGUAGCUCAAUCGCUGAUUCGCCGAGUGACGUUACCGCCAACCUUCACUCUCGAAGUUCGUAAAAAGCUCGUUGAAAUAGCUUCACCUGCAACAAACCCCUCCCUGCCCAAUACUGGGGCAAAUAGUCUCACCAGUAGUCACUGUUCGUUGGUCCAACACACCAAUAGUGGUUCCAGUCUCAGUCAACAAGGUUUCGAUUUGGGUUCCGCCACAGGGAGCGAAAUCGAAUCGAUCGAUACCUCAAAGUAUUUGCAUGAGGACCACAACUACUUUACACCGCAGUACGAUUCACAGCUGUUGCAGUGGUUCAACAGACGGCCAGAGGAUUGGGCGUUCUCUUGGGGUGGAGCUAGUACCAUUUUCGGAUGGGGUCACAAUCAUCGGGGACAGUUGGGAGGUCUGGAUGGCAGCCGGAUUAAGAUGCCUACACCGUGUGAAGCGUUGAGUUUGCUGAGACCUAUCCAAAUUGCCGGAGGAGAGCAAACAUUGUAUGCGGUCACCCCGGAUGGCAAGCUGUACGCAACGGGUUACGGAGCUGGUGGACGGCUGGGAAUCGGUGGUACAGAUUCGGUGUCCGCUCCGACAUUGGUGGAGUCUUUGCAGCAUGUGAUCAUCAAGAAAGUGGCGGUAAAUUCUGGAGGGAAACAUUGCCUGGCAUUGUCAUCGGAUGGAGAAGUAUUCUCGUGGGGAGAAGGUGAAGACGGUAAAUUGGGUCACGGAAAUCGGGAUAGUUACGAUCGACCGAAGUUGAUCGAGGCGUUAUCCGGAAUCGGUGUUAUAGAUAUAGCGUGCGGAAGUGCUCAUUCGGCUUGCAUAACAUCGCAGGGGCAUGUUUUGACCUGGGGUAAAGGGCGAUAUGGUCGAUUAGGUCACGGAGAUUCUGAAGAUCAAUUACAACCAAAACUGGUGGAGGCCUUGUUGGGUUAUCGAGCGAUCGAUAUUGCAUGUGGGUCAGGAGAUGCCCAAACGCUGUGCAUAACGGAUGAUGAUAAUGUGUGGAGUUGGGGUGAUGGUGACUACGGAAAGUUGGGUCGAGGAGGUUCUGAUGGGUGCAAGAUCCCGAUGAAAAUUGAAAGUUUGGCGGGUUUGGGAGUUAUAAAAGUGGAGUGUGGAUCGCAGUUUUCGGUUGCAUUGACACGAUCGGGAAGUGUAUAUACUUGGGGCAAAGGUGACUAUCAUCGGUUGGGUCACGGCAACACGGAUCACGUCCGUCGUCCAAAGAAGGUGGCAGCCCUACAGGGGAAAAAGAUAAUAUCGAUCGCAACGGGUUCGCUGCACUGCGUAGCUUGCAGUGAUUCGGGAGAAGUGUUUACCUGGGGUGAUAACGAUGAAGGCCAACUGGGAGAUGGCACGGUAACAGCAAUUCAACGACCAAGACUGGUACAAUCUCUGCAAGGCAAACAUAUUGUUAAGGUGAUUUGUGGUUCCGCCCAUACGUUAGCGCUAUCGACAUAUCAAUUGAGUGAAGCCGUCCGACCGCCACCAUCCCCUCCGUUGGAGUAUGACCUUGUAAGAGACAUUUCUCCGGAGGUUCUCCAUGCUAGAUUAGUGUUACUGCAUCACUUCUCUGAACUGGUGUGCCCUUGUUUGGCUAUGCUCCCGAUCAGUGGUGAGCUUUCGCUUGGUGCUUUGAAGGACAUUCUGGUAUACUCGAUCAAGGAAGCUGGCUUCCGAAAAGUCAUUCAAACGACCAUGGUACGUGAUAAACCUCACGGACCGGUGAUCGAACUUAACCGGAUACAGGUCAAGCGAUCACGCAUGCGCUCAGGUAACGGAUUAGCUGGGGUUGACGGAAUGAAGAGCGUAUUCGGACAGAUGGUGCAGAAGCUGCCACUUUUGACCCAGGAAGCCCUAUCGAUGCCCCACCGUGUCUGGAAGGUGAAAUUUGUGGGCGAAAGCGUCGACGAUUGUGGUGGUGGAUUUAGCGAGUCGAUCGCUGAAAUGUGCGACGAGUUGCAGAACGGUAGCGUACCGUUAUUGAUUCAGACACCAAACGGACGUGGAGAAGCUGGUGCUAACCGGGAUUGUUUCCUGUUGGAUCCGACGCUAAACUCGGUGCUUCAUAUGAACAUGUUCCGAUUUUUGGGAGUUCUGAUGGGAAUUGCUGUACGGACAGGAUCACCGUUAAGUUUGAAUUUGGCCGAACCGGUUUGGAGGCAGCUGUGCGGAGAAGUGCUCCGUCCGUCAGAUUUGACCGAAGUUGAUCGUGAUUACAUCACUGGGUUGCUUUACAUUCGGGAUAUUGAAGACGAUCUGAAGGUUUUCACGUCGAUGGAGCUUCCGUUUUCUACGCCAUCGGCGAAGGGUCAUGAGGUACCCUUAUCAACAAGGUUCACGAAAAUCACUCCGGAUAAUCGCAGCGAGUACGUCAAACUAGCCCUGAAGUAUCGCAUCCACGAAUUCGACGAACAAGUCAAAGCCGUCCGUGACGGUAUGUCCAAGGUGAUUCCAGUGCCGCUGCUAUCGCUGUUUUCGGCGGCUGAACUGCAGGCCAUGGUUUGCGGUUCACCGGAUAUUCCACUGUGUUUACUUAAAACUGUUGCCACCUAUAAGGGAGUGGAGUCGACGUCAUCUUUGGUGCAGUGGUUCUGGGAAGUAAUGGAAGAAUUCACCAAUCAGGAGCGGUCCCUAUUCCUACGGUUCGUGUGGGGCCGAACGAGGCUUCCCCGUACCAUUGCAGACUUCCGUGGACGAGAUUUUGUCCUGCAGGUACUGGACAAGUAUAAUCCACCGGAUCACUUCCUACCGGAGAGCUAUACCUGUUUCUUCCUGCUCAAGAUGCCCAGGUAUUCGUGUAAGGCUGUUCUUCAAGAGAAGCUAAAAUAUGCCAUCUACUUCUGCAAGAGCAUCGAUACAGACGAGUACGCCCGGGUAGCAAUGGGUGAUCCAACGGAAGCGACCGGCAGCGAAGAUAAUAGUGAAAUCGAAUCGAUUGCUUAAACUAUGCCCUUCUAAACUCGUGUGCCUCUGCGAGCUUAUACGACUGAUCAUAAAAUUCUAACGAACAGAAUCCUCAAGAAGGUGUACUCUCGUAACGAUCGAAACGUUCUAGUAGGUACCUAAAAGUCAUCCUCAUCGACUAUCUACGCGACUUUGAGUAACCGCAAUCUACAAUACCCCUGGGUAUGUAAAUCCACCAAAAAGCAAACCGUGCUGCACGGCAUGAAUUAACAAGUGUUAUGAAUGAAAUGCAUUUAAUUGAACUCAUAAAUAAUAUUGAAGAAACACCGAACUGUUGAACAUUAUGCGAGUGAAUCUGUUACUAACAUACCUACCAUGCACACAUGAGAACAAGAACCGCUGCACGGCAUUCAUAUGUACCGAUAUUGGUAUGAACUGUUUUUCUAUUUUGCCACCAGCUUUUACACGAAACCUUCGAUUACCUACCAACUAACGAUAAGUGUACUAAUGAUAAGAUUUUUUCAUUUCUUGAAAUUCCACUGAACGAAUUGUUUUGAUUUUUUUUAUAGAGAGCACUUUGCGCUACCAGGCUUGAACAAAACUGUAUACAUUAAACAAUGUCCAAGAGUGCACAUAGACAUUCAGAUACAAUUUGUUUAUAAAUGAAAGACGACAGGAAUUAAAGAAAGAAAAUGUGUUAGUUCUACAAAGUUUGGAGAUAUGCUUUGACUGAUUGAUGAUCAUAAGGAAAUCAUUGUUAUGGAAAACUUAAGCGAAAUAUUCGAUUGCUUCGGCGUAUCGGCUUAUAACAUCGGAUGACACAUCAGAAUAGGUAGAUUGAGUACGCUAUUAUUUCGUUGGUUGGACAUAUCUAAACAAAUUGAGACCUGCUUUUUGAAUAUUUAUAGUUUGACCACCUACUCCCAUUUUGAAGCAAUAUUUGUUGCGUUUUUCGUAAUCUAAAAGUAUUUGAAAUCACCAUAUGAUUCUGACCAUUUUUUUGGUUUUGCGCGUUUCAAGCAAAACCUAAUUGAUAAUAUUUAGCAAUGUUUCGAAAUUGAUUGGAUUCUUAAUUUGUCGCAUACAAACCUUUAAUACAUUUACGUACACCCAGGUUUUUUUUACACGGUUUGGUUUUGGUCGUUUAAGACCUUCAGGGUCAAUGAAGCAAUGAGUUAACCCCAGCAAAAAAUUCACAAAAAAUCAAAUAAAAUUCAGGGGGUAUUUGAAAAGCUGUAAAAGUUCAGGUUAACCGAGAAAUUAAUGAAUUCCAACCGCGUAAAAAAAAUUCUGGUUGUACUCCGAGAGGCAAAUACUAGUCAGACAAAAAGCUCAUACUAAUCAACAAGACCAGUAAUCUAUUUUUGUUUUGAAUCGUACCGCAUAUUAUUUCUUUUAAUUCAAACUAACUGAUCAGAAAAUUAUUUUGAGCUUUUUAGUGGAAUGUCUUCACUUGUCAUAAGACGAGUUAGUACAAUCCCAUUGAAUUCCACCACUUAAUUGUAUCUUGACAGAUACGUAUUUCGACCUCAAAUGUAAGGCCGUCUUCAGUGUCUCGUCAAGGAUGUUAUCGAUCAUUUAGUAAUCUGCGUUCGAUCAUUUAGUAGUUUGUCUAUAACUCAUUCCAGAGGCUGAAUUCCAAAAUGUGUUAUACGGUGGACUUCUGAUGCGAAGGUUUUUCUAUAUAUCUGCCUAAUAUAUCGAUGUUUCAAUUCCACCAUUGAAGGAGUUACAGUGUUAGUUGCAGUGACUUAUACCAAAUGAUAACAAAAUUCCAAUCAUUCAGUAUAAGCUACUGCUACUAGCUCUAUAGCUCUAUUACCAGUAUAAUUGAAACAUCGAACUGUUAGGCAGAGUUGUAGAUAAACCUUUGAAUUAGCAGUCCACCAUACUACACAUUUUGAAAUCUAGCCUCUGGAAUGUGUUAUUGACAAACUACUAAAUGAUUGAACGCAGAUUACUAAAUGAUCGAAAACAUCCUUGUGUCUCGUACUUGACUCGACUCGAGUCGAGUCAAGUACGAGACACUGAAGACGGCCUUACAUUUGAGGUCGAAAUACGUAUCUGUCAAGAUACAAUUAAGUGGUGGAAUUCAAUGGGAUUGUACUAACUCGUCUUAUGACAAGCAAAAAAAGGGUCAAACUAACUGUUGGAAACAGCGAUCGGAUACUUCAUUAAUAUGAGAAUUUAAAAUACAAACUAUGCCAAUUCCACUUAAAACAAUCUAUUUGAAUCUCAUUUUAUAAUAUUUGUUCAAAUGAAUGAAAUUAUAACUACAAUCCUGCAGUAAUGAAUUUUUAUUAGAAGAACAUCUAGAAACAUCGUAGAUCGGUAGUCCCUUUCGAAACAUUGCACAUCAGUAGCACCUUGAAUGGGUAAAUGAUCAUCUCCAUCAAAUACAAGCAUCGUCGAAAAUCAAACAUUCCUAACGCUAACCUUAUUAGGAGAUAUGAAACUAAAUUGUGGAGUUCAUCAAAUUGAUAAAAUAAAAGUUAUAUGUAGACUGUAGAUCCGUACUGAUAUUCGCAAACUACUUUUAUUAUUAGGGCAUAUAACUUAAACUCAUACUUUUAGGGCAACUAAACAGCAAAACAAAAUCGCUAGGAAAGUACACUAGGAGGCUACAAAGGUCUUGAUUACUGCUUUUUGUAGAUAAUUCCCAUCAUCCGAGCAACAGCGUUAGAUAUUUUGAUCACGUUGCUGCAAUAGUUAAAAAGUAGGUCACCCUACGAAUUGGCAGCUCAGUUAUUUAUUAAAAUCAAAAUGCGCAUAAUUUAUUCAUACAUCACCAUCACACUUUGCCGUUCAGUCACUAGUUUUUGAAUUUUUCGUUUGUUGAGCAGUUGAAAAAAGAAAAUAAUAAGAAAAAGAUUUACAACAGCUAAAUGUCUUUCUUUGAAAAAAAUAAAAAGUCGAUUCAGCUUUAUACCAUUGUAGCUUUAUUAGUCGAAACUACUUUGCGUGAGUCCGUCUAUGAUUAGGUUAGGAGAAGUUUAUCAAGUUUGAUCCUAGCAGCAGGAAAUUUGUGCUGGGUUCUGAACUGCAGCCCUCACCCUGUCACUAGCUAGCUUGUAGGCGAAGUUGCGCUACAGUAUAUUGUUCCUUUAUCUGUCGACUGAAAAUGAGCUCGAUUUUUUUU